AUGGAAGACCGGGGUCUGCACGGCAUGAAGCCCUACCUGGAGAAGCUCACCCUCGGGGUGACCCGCCUCCUGGAAACCUCCCCAGGAGUUACGGAAGUGAUCUUUCUGGAAAAAGAACCGGCCGAGCGCCAUGCAAUCAUCUCCUGGGAACAGAAAAACGCCUGUUUCCUACCAGAAGAUCUGAAAAAUUUUUACCUCAUGACGGACGGUUUCCAAAUGACCUGGAGCGUCAAGUUUGAUGAUAACCCCGUUUCCCUGGGCUGUAUGACGAUUAACAGCAUCUCCAAGCUAACCCGUCUCAGCGUUUCACCUGCGUAUGCUUUGCCCAGUGCACCAACCCUGGCUGAUCUGGAAGACUCUGAUGAGGAGGAAGGUAACAAGGAACAACCGAACAGGCCUCACCUGGACUCCCGAUCUCUGAUCUUCGAAUUAGAUUCCUGUUCAGGCAACGGGAAAGUCUGCCUGGUCUACAAGAACACCAAGCCGGUUGUCAGCCCCGAAUCGGAAAUCUGGUUCCUGGACCGCGGCCUUUACUGGCACUUCCUCAGCAAGUCCUUCACCGCGUAUUACCGACUUCUGAUCACUCAUCUGGGACUCCCCCAGUGGCAGUACAUCUUCACCAGCUACGGCCUCAGCCCCCAGGCCAAGCAAUGGUUCAACAUGUACAAACCCAUCACACUCAACACGGAGCGGCUGUCGGAAGUGGCUGACGCGUUCGUCAACAAGCUGGACCCCAAUAAGGUUUUCCGCAGCAAGACCAAGAUGCCCCCGGUGAAGAAGAGGUCGCCGUCCCAGCUGGCCCCCUCCCAGAAGAACCAGACGGCCGGAGGGUCCCCCCGGAACCCCUCGCAGGGCGGGAGCUUGUCAAGAAGACGGGAAACGCAGCCUUGA